AUGGUCUUCCGAGGUCUUUGCGUCGGUCUCGGCGGCUUCUUCUCCUUUGCGGCGGUCGUCCUCUGUGUCUUUGCCAACAUUGGUCAGCUCUCGAACAACGUUGUGACUCGCAACAUCCGUUACGUCUCGGUGGACACGCGAGGACUGGGUGAUGCGCUCUCCCGCGCUGGGCAGAGCAACACCAACAUUUUCGCCCAAGACCAGUCUUCCCCCGUGGGCCAGGGCAACGGGAUCAAGGAUGACUACCAGUGGGGUCUCUACAACUACUGUGCUGGCGAGGUCAACGGGGACUCCCGCUCGUGCUCUCAGCGAAACUUUGGCUUCGAGUUCCUUCCUGCCGAUGCGGUUCUCUCCGACACACCUCAGGGUGAUCGUCAGACGCUGCAGAACUUUUUGCCCGAAUCCACCUUCCGCGACUCGGGCUACCUCGGUCGUUUCUCCAAGGCUGCGAUGUACCUCAUCUUCAUCGGCUCGUGCCUUGCCCUGAUCGCUUGGGUUGCAGGAUUGCUUUCCCACCGAUUCGCCUUCCUCGGUGCCGCCUUCAUCGCUUUGCUCUCCGCCCUCGCCCUCGGCGUCGGCGCAGCCCUCUUGACCGCCAUCUACGUCAAGACCAAGGCCAGCAUCGACAACGCCAACUUCGGUAUCACUAUUCACUACGGUAACGCCCUCUGGAUCACUUGGGCCGCCGUGUUGGCUGUUGCACUCAGCAUCGUCCCCUACAUCAUCUCGUGCUGCACCGGCCGAAGCGACGACUACUAA